CCAUAUAUACAACGCAUAAUUAGCACUUUCAACCACAACCAUGGCUUCACUCUCUUGCUCAGCCUCCGACUUAGCUCCACUCCUCUCCGCCUCCUCCACCGCCAACGCCACAGCGGCCGCCACCUUCCUCUGCUCCCAAUUCACCACCAUCUCCAACCAACUCUCUGAUGCUUCCUACGCCAUCAACAACACCUACCUCCUCUUCUCCGCCUACCUCGUCUUUGCUAUGCAGCUCGGCUUCGCCAUGCUUUGUGCUGGCUCGGUCCGAGCCAAGAACACCAUGAACAUAAUGCUCACUAACGUCCUCGACGCCGCGGCUGGCGGCUUGUCAUACUACCUGUUCGGCUUCGCUUUCGCAUUCGGCUCACCCUCCAACGGCUUCAUCGGUCACCACUUCUUCGGCUUAAAAAAUAUUCCAUCACUGGCCAUAGGUGAUUACAGCUUCUUCCUCUACCAAUGGGCUUUUGCCAUUGCCGCCGCUGGCAUCACUAGUGGGUCCAUUGCUGAGAGAACCCAAUUUGUUGCCUAUCUUAUAUAUUCGUCCUUUUUGACUGGCUUUGUAUACCCAUUAGUCUCUCAUUGGUUUUGGUCUAGUGAUGGGUGGGCCAGCCCGACCCGGCACGAUAAUCUUCUAUUCGGGUCAGGUGUGAUUGACUUCGCCGGGUCCGGUGUGGUUCAUAUGGUUGGUGGGAUUGCCGGCUUAUGGGGUGCUCUAAUUGAAGGCCCGCGUAUUGGGCGGUUCGACCGGACCGGUCGGGCCGUCAUAUUAAAAGGACAUAGCGCAUCAUUGGUUGUGCUUGGUUCAUUGUUGCUUUGGUUUGGGUGGUACGGGUUUAACCCGGGUUCAUUUUUGAUUAUAUUGAAAAGUUAUGGAGAGAGUGAAGGGUAUUAUGGACAAUGGAGUGCCAUCGGGAGGACAGCUGUCACGACGACGUUGGCUGGAUGUACUGCUGCUCUUAGUACUUUGUUUACUAAGAGAUUGUUAGUGGGCCAUUGGAAUGUGACAGAUGUGUGUAAUGGGCUUUUAGGGGGUUUUGCUGCAAUCACUUCUGGAUGUUCAGUGGUUGAACCAUGGGCCGCAAUCAUUUGUGGGUUAGUAGCGUCUUGGGUUCUGAUCGGGUUUAACAAGCUGGCUGAGAAAUUAAAGUACGACGACCCACUAGAGGCAGCCCAAUUACACGGCGGGUGUGGGGCUUGGGGUUUACUCUUCACUGGAUUGUUCGCAACGAAGAAGUACAUCAACGAGGUUUACCAGGGCGUGCCGGGCCGGCCAUAUGGACUCUUCAUGGGUAGUGGGGGGAAGCUUCUGGCGGCCCAAAUCAUACAGAUUUUGGUCAUUGUGGGCUGGGUCACAGCGACGAUGGGCCCAUUAUUUUAUGUUCUUAACAAAUUGAAAUUGUUAAGAAUCUCAAGUGAAGAUGAGAUGCAAGGCAUGGAUUUGACAAGGCAUGGAGGGUUUGCUUAUAUAUACCAUGAUGAAGAUGAUCAAUCAUACAACACGUCAUCAGGGUUUGCUCUGAGGAGGAUUGAGCCUAGCAAUGGAAGCCCCGCUAUAAAUGUUCAGAACACACCAUCUCCAAAUGUGUGAUCAAAUUAUGUUCUAGGUAAUAUAUUACUCUAUAUAUGUAUGUGUUUGUUUAGUGCUUGGUAGUCUUGAAUAUUAAAGCUGUGAAA